AUGGAACCCCACCAUAACAUUCUUGUGCUUAUAGCUAUGAAGUUUCUCUGCCUGCUGCAGCUGGCUUGCAUGGCAAGUUGUGUUGCUUCCAGAUCCAGAGAAUGGGCUCAUCAUGGUGCCCCCAUGUUUGCUGACCUCACAGUACAUGAGAUGAAAGCUGUCCGGGCAUACCUGCAUGCUAUUCCAGAGAUGAGGCUCACUAAUGCUCAUAGUAGGUCUCUGAAUAAGAACAGUAUCCUACUAAUGGAACUCAAUUUGCCCAAGAAGCAUGAGGCCCUAAGAGCUCUAGACCGUGGACAAGCCAAACCCCCACGCCAAGCUCGUGUAAUUAUCCAAUUUGGCAACCAGACCAAGCCCAAUAUUACUGAAUACAUUGUAAGUCCUCUGCCAUCCCCAACAUCUCAUGAAGUCAAGACUUUCAAGGGGGCAAAGCCUAUAACAUUUGAGUCCAGACCUAUUACUGUUGUAGAGUAUGCCCAUGUUAAUGACAUCCUUGAGAAGAUCACAACUAAAGCUCACAAACUCCUGUUUGAGACCACAGGGGGAUUUUCUUAUACUAACUGUUCUAACCGCUGCCUGACAUUCUCAGACAUAGCUCCCCGUGGGCUGGAUCCAGGGGAGAGGAGAACCUGGAUCAUGUUGCAGAAGUUUGUGGAAGGUUAUUUCAUCCACCCAGUUGGAUUUGAGGUACUAAUCAACCACCAGGAUCUGAAUCCAGAAAAGUGGACUGUUGAAAAGGUCUGGUACAACAGCAUGUAUUUUGACAGUGUUGAGGAACUGGUAGAAAAGUAUGAAUCAGGAGAAGUGGAAAAGGUCAAACUGCCUGCUCACAAUGAUGAUGACUUUUACUCUACCUACAUACCUCGCGGUCAGAGCAACACUCACACUAAUAUCCAUGGGCCAAAACUUGUUUUGCCUCAGGGACCUCGCUAUCACAUUGACCGCAACUUUGUUGAAUAUGCUGGAUGGUCUUUUGCAUAUCGAGUUCGCUCAUCAGCUGGGCUUCAAGUCUUUGAUCUCCGUUUCAAUGGGGAACGAAUUGCCUAUGAGAUCAGCCUCCAAGAAGCCAUUGCCUUCUAUGCUGGUCAUACUCCCGCAGCCAUGCAAACAAAGUACAUUGAUGCAGGUUGGGCUAUGGGCACCUCAACUUUUGAGCUGGCACCUGGAAUUGACUGUCCUGAAAUUGCCACUUUUAUUGACCUUUACCACUACUUCGAUACAGACAAGCCUGUGCGCCACAAGAACGCUCUCUGUAUUUUUGAGAUGACAACAGCUAUGCCUCUGAGAAGGCAUUUUAAUUCAAACUUUAAGGGGGGCUACAAUUUCUUUGGAGGACUGGAAAACACUGUGCUGGUGUUGCGGACAACCUCAACAGUUUACAACUAUGAUUAUAUCUGGGACUUCCUCUUCUACCCAAAUGGGGUGGUGGAAGUAAAAGUCAGUGCUACUGGAUAUAUCCAUGCCACUUUCUUUACUCAAGAAGGUCUUCAGUAUGGUUCAAAGGUAUACAACUAUGUGUUGGGUAACCUGCACACACACCUCGUCCAUUAUAAAGUGGACCUGGAUAUUGAUGGGCGAGAAAACAGCUUUGAGACAUUAGAUCUGAGAUAUGAGAACUUCACAAAUCCAUGGAGCCAAAAGCAUUUCGUCGUCCAGUCCAAACUCCACAGGACAGAACACAAGACUGAGCGAUCUGCUGCCUUCCGCUUUGGUAAAAAGUUUCCCCGCUAUGUGCACUUCUACAACCCCAAUAAGAAAAAUAAAUGGGGGCACCAGAAAGGCUACCGGAUUCAGUUUAACUCACAUGCACACAGUGUCCUCCCAAGAGGCUGGAGAGAGGAAAAUGGCAUCAGCUGGUCGAGAUAUCCUCUGGCUGUGACACGUCAUAAGGAUAACGAAGCUACCAGCAGCAGUAUAUAUACCCAGAAUGACCCAUGGGAACCUGCUGUGUCCUUUGAGAGCUACAUCCACAACAAUGAGGACAUAGUCAACCAGGACCUGGUAGCCUGGGUGACUGUAGGCUUCCUUCAUGUGCCUCACGCAGAGGACAUCCCCAACACUGCAACUCCGGGCAAUGCAGUGGGCUUCUUUCUCAGGCCCUUCAACUUCUUUGAUGAAGACCCUUCUGUGGCAUCCAGAAGCACAGUCAUCGUUCGGCCAGGGCAAGAUGGCAAGCCGAAGAUCCAGAGAUGGACUUCUGAUGUCAUAGGUCACUGUGUGACAGACAGGCCUUUCUUCUACAAUGGCACAUAUGCCGGAGUCUAA